AAGGCUUUUUUACCUGUUUUUAGUCUUUUGACUGAAUGACCAUUGCAGCUCCAUUGACUCAUCACUGUUCUUUUCUCGUGAGUCGUGAGCAAGUUUUUAAUUCAAUUUCCCCAAUUCCUCUUUACAGAACCAGCUCUCUCUCUCUCUCUCUCUCUCUCUCUCUCUCUCUUUUAUAACGAAGUUAAAGAAAGGUUUGAUUAACAUCUGGGUAUCAGGAACAGUACUACUCUUUCCUCUUUCUUCUUUCUUCUUUCUCUGCUCUUCUAAUUCGUCUGCAGAAAGGUUUGGUUAUGCAAUUUGGAUGCUACGUGAAGAAUGGAGCUUUCGUGAAUAAACCAUGUUUGUUCUAAAGCAGUUCUUUCCUGGGCUUGUGUUUGAUUGAGCUUUUGAGGUCUUAAGCUACUUGGGAGCUUUAAUCGAGGUGAGGAAGACAUUCCACAUUAGGAGCUGUCUUGUUAUUUGGGCCCUUUUGUUAAUUGUUGCUCGUUUUCAUCCAAGGAGAGAAUUGAACAAACUCCCUUGUGCCUGAAUUAUGAAAAUUUUGAAUUGGGCUUCUGAUAGAAGGUGUGGAUGUUGAACGUCAAGGACAAGGUCGUCUUCUAAUGUUUAAGAACGAAUCUGGAUGGUUCUCUGCACAAGUUCUAGGUCUGCAGACAAUGGGUUCUCAUCAUAAUCGCUGAUUUAUUGAUCAAAAAGCGAAACGAGGAGGUUUGGAGGAUUAAGUUUAAGGCUUUCUUCAUAUAAAGCCUGGGGCACAGUCCCUGCAACAUUUAAGUCCUCUUUCUCUAAUGCACUCCCUCUGUUUAAUUUGAUAGAGAAGAACUGUCCCAACCAAAGGAGAGGAGAACCCCUGUAAUGGCUUUCCUCUGCUGGUUAUCUCUUUAUCUGGUAGGCUUUCUGUACAGAACCCAUUUGGCUGCUGCUCAACAAGAUGAUCGAUCGACAAUGUUGGCUCUCAAGAAUGAGCUUCAAGUGCCUGGUUGGGGUUCCAAUGUUUCUGAUUACUGCUCUUGGAAGGGCAUACAAUGCAGCUCCAACCUGUUAAUGGUAGAAAAGCUUGACCUUUCUCACCAAGAGCUCCGAGGUAAUGUAACUUUAGCCUCUGAGCUCAAAGCAUUAAAGUGGCUUGACCUUUCUUUCAAUAACUUUCAAGGGCCUAUCCCUCCAGCUUUGGGGAAUCUAUCACAGCUAGAGUUUCUUGAUUUAUCUUGGAAUAAGUUCCAGAGCUCCAUUCCUCCAGAGUUGGGUCAAAUUAAAAACCUCAAGUCUUUAAACCUCUCUUAUAAUUUGCUUACCGGAAGAAUACCUGAUGAACUUCAGAGUCUAGAAAGUUUACAGAAUUUUCUAAUUUCUGUGAAUGGAUUGAUUGGGUCUAUUCCUUAUUGGGUGGGAAAUUUAUCGAAUCUGAGAGUGUUCUCUGCCUAUGAGAAUGUAUUAGUUGGUCAAAUUCCUGAUAAUUUAGGCUCUGCUUCUGACCUUCAGCAGUUGAACCUUCACUCAAACCAACUUGAAGGACCUAUACCAAAGAGCAUUUUUGCUUCAGGAAAGCUGGAGGUUUUGAUUGUUACCAUGAACAAGUUGACUGGGAAUCUUUCUGAAUCGGUCGGGAACUGUAAAGGCCUAUCAAAUAUCCGUAUUGGACACAACAUGCUUACAGGAAGCAUUCCUAAAACCAUUGGCAAUAUCAGUAGCCUUGCAUACUUUGAAGCAGAUAAAAACAACCUGUAUGGCGAGAUUGUAGCAGAGUUCUCGCGAUGUUCUAACCUCACCCUUCUGAAUCUAGCAUCUAAUGGGUUUACUGGAAUAAUUCCUCCAGAGCUUGGAGAGCUUAUGAACCUUCAGGAAUUGAUUGUUUUUGGCAACAGUCUCUUUGGAGAAAUUCCAAAAUCCAUUAUUAGGUGUAGGAACCUUAACAAACUUGAUCUAAGCAACAACAGAUUCAAUGGCACCAUACCUGAAGACCUCUGCAAUGCACCUAGAUUGCAAUUCGUGCUCCUGAGUCAGAAUUCAAUAAGCGGUGAGAUACCUCAUGCUAUUGGAAAUUGUGCAAAACUGCUUCUGUUGCAAAUGGGCAGUAACAAUCUGACUGGCACUAUCCCUCCUGAGAUCGGUUGGAUCAUGAAUUUGCAGAUAGGGCUCAAUCUGAGCUUCAAUCAUCUUCAUGGACCAUUACCCUCUGAACUAGGGAAACUUGACAAGUUGGUUUCAUUGGAUGUCUCUAACAAUCAACUUUCUGGGAGCAUCCCAUCUGCACUCAAAGGCAUGAUGAGCUUGAUAGAGGUGAAUUUUUCCAAUAAUCUGUUCAGUGAUCAAAUACCCAUGUUUGGGCCAUUCCAGAAGAGCCCCAAAUCAAGCUUUGUAGGAAAUCAAGGACUCUGUGGUGAACCACUGACCUCUUCCUGUGAAAGUUCUUUAGGUCCUGACAAUGGGGGUUACCAUCACAAAGUUUCAUACAAGACCAUAUUGACUGUUAUUGGUUCUGGUUUGGCAGUUUUCAUAUCAGUAACAGUCGUCGUUAUUUUGUUUAUGAUGAGGGAGAAGCAAGAGAAAGCAGCCAAGGAUGCAGAAAUUGCAGAAGAUGGAGCUACUAAUCCACCAGUGAUAACAGCAGGAAAUGUCUUUGUUGAGAAUCUCAGGCAGGAAAUAGAUUUUGAUGCUGUUGUAAAAGCAACGUUGAAACAGUCCAAUAAGCUUACAAUUGGGACUUUCAGCAUGGUUUACAAGGCCGUUAUGCCUUCUGGUAUGAUUCUAUCAGUGAAGAGACUAAACUCCAUGGAUAGAACAGUAGUUCAUCACCAAAGCAAGAUGAUUAGAGAACUCGAAAGGCUGGGGAAACUCUACCAUGAUAAUUUGAUGAGGCCCAUUGGUUUUAUAAUCUAUGAAGAUGUUGUUCUCUUGCUACAUGAUUAUUUACCAAAUGGAACGUUGGCUCAGUUUCUUCACGACUCCUCUGGGAAGAUUGAAUAUGAACCAGAUUGGCCUAAAAGGCUCUCCAUUGCCAUCGGAGUAGCAGAAGGGUUAGCUUUCCUUCAUCAUGUGGCUACUAUCCAUCUUGAUAUCUCCUCUAGUAACAUACUUUUAGAUGCCAAUUCAAAGCCUUUGGUUGGGGAGAUUGAGAUAUCAAAGCUCCUGGAUCCAUCAAGGGGCACUGCAAGUAUCAGCGCAGUGGCCGGUUCAUUUGGCUACAUUCCUCCAGAAUAUGCAUAUACAAUGCAAGUCACUGCACCAGGAAACGUUUAUAGCUAUGGGGUUGUGCUACUUGAGAUCCUUACAACCCGAUUACCAGUUGACGAGGCCUUUGGUGAAGGGGUUGAUCUGGUGAAAUGGGUUCAUGGAGCUCCUGCAAGAGGUGAGACCCCAGAGCAGAUACUUGAUGCAAGGCUUAGCACAGUCUCCUUUGCAUGGAGGAGGGAAAUGCUUGCAGUUCUGAAGGUCGCCUUGCUCUGCACUGACAGCACACCAGCUAAACGGCCCAAAAUGAAGAAGGUGGUGGAGAUGUUGCAAGAAAUAAAGCGAAGCUGAUGGCAUUUAAUAUUUAAGAUUUCCACCUUUCUUACUCCAUUGUAUCAAGACUCAUAAUUGUGAUUUGUCUGAAGAUGGAGCUUUAAUCAUGUCAAUCAAUUCACCAUGGUUAGAUGCCAUCAUCUGUAACAAACAGAGGAUCUGAAGGUGGAGGGGAGACAAUUUUUUUUAUGAAGAUAAUCAAAGAAUAUGUCCUGGAUUUGGUUAGUCUUUCAGAUUACCCACCUGCUUGUACUAUAUCAAAGGAGUCCUAUUGAGAUGCAAACUUGUAAUCUUAUCAAAUUGGAAAUAUAAAUUGGUGGUGGUUUCAUGUUA